CGCCGAUGCUGGAGGCGACAACGUCGUUCCGCGCAUGGAAGACCACCUUCCUAGCGUCGUCGGCGCAGUUCCAAGCGUACUACCUCCGUGACCGCAUCCGCGCCGAGGCCAACGCCUCCAUGACGGCGCAGGAAACGACGCCAACAAGCAACGAUGCUCGGGACGUGCUAUCUUUUGCGGAGCACGAGCGCAAGCUCAUGCUGCUGGCGACCCAGCGCCUCCAGCACACGACCGCGACGAUGGCAACCCGGUACCUUUUGUCGGCGAUCGCACCGGCCUUGCGCGUCGACCUCAAUGAGACCGACGGACCGUACGCGCUCUGGUCGGCGCUCGAAGCCAAGUGCGUGGGAGGUGAUCUCUUGGGCUUGCUGCAGUCGCUUGUCGAUCUCGAGCUCCGAUACCCGACGGCAACUGCAACCCGCGCCUUUCUCCAGGCCUUUGACGUGCGCAGCGCAGCCUUCCUGGACGCACUCCUCGCGCUGGAUGAAUCGACGACGACCGACGUGGACACUUAUCGCUGCAGAGUCAUGGCCAAGUUGCAGUGUGUCUUUCUGGGCCAUGCGCUCUCGCCCGGUCUCGCGACUGCCUUUCCCGCAUGGCAACGGGCCAUCGGCGGUUGGCAGUACGCGGAGCUCAAGCAGCGCCUUGUCGAGCACGGCGAGAGCCUACCUGUGUUUGCAGCCUUCCCGCCCCGGCGCCGAGCCGCGCCGGACAGUGCUAUCGACACGAAGGACACUGCUAUCGACACGAAGGACACCUGGAUGGAAGAGGCGCCAAAACGCGACGAUGCGCCGCCACGUAUGAGCAAAAGCACGAGUCUGCUGCCAACGUCGGUCCUAGUGCAAGCAACCAGCGUCGCUGCCUGCCAUUACUGCACUGUGAUGCAGCAUACCACGCACAACUGCCCUUUGCUGAAAAAAGACUUUGCGGCCAAUGCGGUGCGCGCUACGUUUGCGGUGCCGUACAUGGCGACGUGCUCCUACUGCCUAGCGCCGUCGCCGCACAGAGAGUCGAGCUGCCCGCACCUCGCAAAGGACCUCACGCGCCGUUGCGUGCGCCCAGCCUUCCAGCUGCCGCUCGGGCAGUCGUGGCCUGACACCGGUUGCGACGUCAACCUUGUCCGGGACCGCGCCAGAGCGCCGAUGGAGCUCGUGUACGCCCGCCACAACAAGGAUAUGCACUGCGCCUACUGCAACACCAACGACCACCGUCUCCACGGCUGCGGCACACUCCGGCUCGCGAUGCUCCAGCGCUCGGUGCGAAAGGGAUUCGUCGUGCCGCAAGGUCUCUGGUGCAGGUACUGCGUGUCGUUUGGCCGCUUUGAAGGCCACGCGGAAGCCCACUGCCGCUGGCUCGUCGAGCACGUGCACACGGGCGUGCCGAUCUCGCGCCAGUGUCUACCUCUACGCCUCGUGCUGCCCACUCUGCCGACGCCCGAGUGCAGCUACUGCGGCCACCAAAGCCACAAGGUGGAGCAGUGCACGAUGCUUCAGUUUGAUGUGGUCGCUUCGAGCGUCCGCCCCGACUUUUGCAUCCCGGCUAGCGUUGGCUGCAGCUACUGUGUCUUGCACCAAAAUCUCCGGCAGCACCCACUGGAUGCGUGCUACCGGUUGAGAGAGCACCAAGCAGCGCGGCAAGUGCACCCGCGCUUUGCUGUGAGAAGCAGCAAAGGGCUUCUUAUGGGCAGCACCGAGCCACGAGAUACGAUCGAGCGGCUGGCCACGUACUCUGUUGAGGCUCCAAGCAAGCGGUCCAAGUACGGCCCUUGAAGAAUCAUCGUGUUUCGUUCAUGUAGUUGUGAAUGGUAUCGUGUAAUUUG